AUGAUAUGGUGGUUUCUAAUUUCAAUAAACUUUUUGUUUUUUCUUAUAAAAAGUUUUUUUACUCCCAAGGGGACAAUAUAUCUGAACGAUUUAAAUAACACCCCAAAUAAUGUGGAAACAGAAAAAUAUAUAUUAGGAGAAAACUACAAUUUAACGAGCUUAAAAUUAAAAGUUGAUUUUGGGUCGCUCGAUACGGGCACCAAAAUUAUAGAACAUAGUCGUGGGAUCAUAAAUAUAAAAUCUAUUCAACAAUAUGAUUAUGAUAGUUAUAUGUUAACACCAUGUGAUUCGGAUAUAUGGUGGAUAUAUUCUUUUAGUGAUUUUAUUCACAUCGAAAAAAUAGGUUUAGUGUCUUUAGAGCAUUAUGCAUCAAAUUUUAAAGUAAUCGAAAUAUUAGGAAGUGAUACAUACCCAGCUACAAAAUGGAAAAAAUUAGGAAAAAUUUCAACAAAUUUUACAAAAAGUUUUGAACUUUUUAACAUUUAUGAUCAUUGUAAAAAUUAUGAUGAAGAUAAUUGCUGGGUUAAAUAUUUAAAGUUUAUUGUUUUGUCGCAUCAUAAUAUAGAAAAAAAUUAUUAUUGUACUUUGACCCACCUUCAAAUUUUUGCUUCUUCUGGUGUUGAUAUGCUUAGUGAUAAAAUAUAUUCAGAUGACAAUAUUAACCAGAUCGAAAGUGAUCCUGAAAAGUCGGACGAACAAAAAAAAAUCAAAAUACAAGAGCAAGAUAAUGUUGAAAAUUUGGAAGUUUUAUACGAAGAUAAAGUUUUAAAACAUAUUAAAAAACAAAUACAUUCAAAAGAAGAAGAUUCAAAAGAAGGCAAUUCAAAAGAAUUGACUUCGAAAGAUAAUUAUUAUAAGAAUUCUAUAAACCCUGACAAUUUCCAUAACGAUAAACCACUUCAUAAUAAUAUUCACAAUUCUGAUAUCCGACAUAAAAAUUCGAAACAUAAUGCACAUUAUACAAAUUAUGCUCAUUAUCUAUCCAUAGAAAAAGACCUUUUUGACACGAACUUAUUAGAAAAAGAAUUAACACAAUCUAAAUUAAUAGACACCGACUUAAUAAAAAAAGAAUUAAUGGACACAGAAUUAAUAGAAGAUGAAUUGCUAAACUAUGAAUUUAUUGAAAAAGAUAUUAAAAUUAAUAGUUUCAAUGAAGAAAAUAUAUUCGAUAAUAUAACUCAGCAAAUGCAACGGGAGUAUGGAGAAAAUAAACAAUAUAUUAAAGAAGACACACCGAUUAUUUCAAAUAAGGGUAUAAAAUAUAAUGACAAAAUAAUAUCUCAGGGAGAUAACACAAAAAAUAUUCAAAGAAACGCAAAUAAAUAUAUAAUGCAUCCUAAAUACUAUAAUAAAUUAUUAAAAGACAUUCAAAAUGUAAUCAUUUUAAAAAAUGGAAAAAAUGAAAAAGGAUUGGAAUGGACCAAUUUAUUAGGAAUAAAUCCUAAAUAUAGCACUGAUUUAAAAACCGAACCCUUUAAUAAUAUAAACAUCGAAGCCAUGAAAAUUGCUUAUCACAUUUCUAAUAAAAUUUAUACCAUAUGCAACGCUUUUAAAAAUUAUAAUAUAGCAAAAAUUUUUAAAAUGUCCUUAAUAACUUCAUACAAACAUGUAAUAAUAAAUUUCGUUCAAAAUAAUGGAAAUAUUACAUUUUUUAUGAAUAGAGAAAAAUACAAUUAUGAUGAUUAUACUAAAGAAGAGAAUGCCAAAAAAUAUUUUCCGUAUAAAAAUUAUUUCAAUGGUAAAAGAUUUGUUUCCCCUUUUUCUCAUGCACUUGAAAAAGUAUUAAUUAUAUUAUAUAAUUCUUAUUUUAUUCCAAACGAAAAAUGGAAUGCUCACAUAAAAAAUAAAAGAAUAGAUAUAAAAAAAAAUAACAAAAAAAAAUUAAUUUGGAAAAAGAAAAAAUGCACAGCUUUAAACACAUUAGAGUAUUACCAAAAUUUUAUUACGGUCAAACAUAAACACAUCAUUUUGAUUAAAUCAGAAAAGAUAAAAUUAUUAAAUCUGUUGUUCUUCCCAAAAAUAAUAUGCAACAAUGAUUUUAUUUGUUUAUAUACAAAUAGACAAAUAUAUGAAAGACUUAUCAAUAAUUAUAAUGAUUCAAUCACAAAUCUAAUAAGAAUUUAUAGAAUGUAUGAUGAUGUUAAUAAACAGAAACACGCUGAAAGAACAAAUUAUGAAACGUUUCGAUGUGAACAAAAUGAAGGAUCUAAAUUUGUUUUAAAUUUAUUCUUACCUAAAAAAUUGACAAAAAAAAAAAAUAUACUUCAUAAUAUCAUAAAUAAUAUAUCAAAAUAUAACACAAACAUCAAUAAUAACAAGAGAAAUACCUUAUUUAAAUAUAUACUGAGCAGAGUUAAAAAAGAACAAAAUAAUAUACAAAAACAAAACAAUUUUUAUAUUAGCAUACUUAAUGACACGCUUUUAAUUUUAUAUAUAAUUUAUAGAUCGAACAAAUAUUAUAUAUAUACUUUAAAUUUUUUAAAAAAUUGUAUAGAUUUUAUUUUUAAAUGGAAUAAAUAUAAAAAAUCGAAUAUUUUAAUGUUAACAAUAAAUAAUAAAUCUUUAACGAAUAAAUAUUACAGAAUUAUUCUUAUGAACAUUUUGAAUGAGUAUAACAUUUUAAAAAAAAAAAAUAAAAUACUUGCAAAUAACUCACAAAUAGGUGUAAAUCCAAAUGAGGACUACAAUGGAUGUACUAUGUUUUAUGAAAUAGCAAGAAAUGUUUUUAAUUAUGAUAUUGAUAAUAAUACUAAACUAGAAACAUUUUUUAAUGCAAAUAAAAAUACCAACGUUUGUUUAUAUGGAGAUAAAUUAUGUCAUAUACCUCUUACGAAUAACCAAAAUAAUAAUUAUACAACUGAAUUUGUUACUCAUUUAAAAGAUUUAACAUUUUUUGAAAUACUUUUCCAGAGGAUAAUAGCAAAAAAUAUUAUAAUCCGAUAUGGUGCAACUUUAUUUGGCUCCAAUAAAUAUCUUAUAAAAACAUUGAAUACGUGCUUUAUAAAUAUAUGGAAUAAUUAUUUAUUGAAUAUCCAAAAAAAAAAUAAAGAAAAUGAAAAUUUUAAAUUUGAUAUAAACAAGAUAAAAACUUUGAGAAAACAUCUUGAGGAAGACUAUUGUAAUUUCCAACAGUUAUCAUAUAUUACAAAAAAAUGGGGAAAAAAUAAAACACGCCAAAGAAUUAUCAAAAAUAAUAAAAUUAACAAUAUUAAUUCCAUUUUAAGCUUUUUCUAUCGAAUUUCAAGUCGAAAUACAAUUCUUCAUCAAUUCCAUAAGACAAACCUUUUUAAAAAUAAACACAAGAACCUUGGAUAUGGAUACACAAUAAAACAAAAUGCCAUAUUUCAUAUGUUUCUUUCUUUGAUAAAUAUCAGAAUAAAAUCUUCGAACAUGAUGAAUCAUUAUAAAAACGAAAUAAAAAAACAAAGAAAAAAUGAAAAAAACAAAUAUAUCAAUUAUGACAUAAACAAUUGUAUUUUUACAAUUAUGAAACAAUACGAAUCUGCUAUAAAAACAAAUGAAUAUUUAAAUAAUCAAAAUGUUGGUAUACAUAAAUAUCAAUCAAGAAAUGACCACCAAAAUAAUAUUAAUAUAUGCUUAUCAGUUAACGAAGCGGGUGAUAUUAUACAAUCUGUUAAAUGUGGGAAAAAUUAUCAAGACAAAAAUAUUGUUAGCAGAGAAAUAAAAAAAGACAAAAUUGAAAGUAACAUUGUAAACAUAAACUAUAACAAUACUAUUGAUAAGAAAAAAAAUGAUAACAGUAUGAAAAUAUUACAUGAAAUAAAAAAAACUGAAGAAUCAAAUAGCAAACUUAUUAACGAAGUUUAUGAUAUUAUAACAGAGUAUGAUGAUCGCAUAUCAAAUAAUUAUUCUGUAAAAUUAAAAACUGGAAAAAAUGUAUCAUUAAUAGUUAAAAAACAAGAUAAAAUAAGAAGAGAUAUAAAAAAUAAUCAUCCAAUUAAAAAAAAAAUACAGAGAGAAAAAAUAUUAAGCUAUCCCGAUGAUCUUGAUAAAAUUAUUGAUGAUAAUAUCAAUUACGACAAUUAUCAUGAUUGUUUAAGAGAAGAAAAAAUCGAAGAAAAGUCAAGAAAUACAAGAGGACACGCACUACUAACAUUAGUAGAUAAAGUUAAAAUGAUUGAAAAUAAAAAUAACCACGCUAUUACAAAAUUACGAGAUGUUAUAAGAAUAACUAAUAAUAAAACAAAAAUAAUAUAUCAUAUGUUAUCAAAUUUUAAGGUAAUGCAAAAUACUAUAAGCCUUUUAUUAAAAUAUAUUAUGAUAAAUGAAAAAAAUAUGAAAGAUUUAAAUAAAAAUAAAAAUCAAAUCCAUAACAUUUUAAAAAUAUUUAAAAAUGUUUGUUUGACACAAUUUAAUAAUCCAAAUUCAACUUUUGAUUCACUUAAACACAUUUGUGAUCAGUUUAAAGAUAUAUUAUAUGAUGAAUUUGAAAAAAAAUAUUUUUUUCAAAAUUCGAAUAAUAAAUAUACAAUGUGUCAUAAUACAGAAAAUAUUAUUCCCCAUGAUAAAAAUUCUAUACAUACAAAAAAUUCUAGUUUUAAUUUAAAGGAAAAGAGCAAUUAUAUAUUUAAUUUUUUAUAUUACGAAAAUCAUUGCCAUAAUGACACAUUUAAAACACCACUCAUUUAUUACAAUUCUUCUGUGGAAAAAAUACAAAAUGUUUACUUCAAAAUAUUCGAUUUUUUUAGCAAAUUUAAUUUUUGGAGAUAUUUAAUAUUCAAAUUUAAAUAUUUCAAAAAUAAAAUUUAUAACUAUUUUAUAAAUACUAACAAAAAUGUAGAGCGAUCUAAUAAUAAUCACCAAAACCACCAUUCUAAUAACACUAAUCAAGAAAACAGUAAAAAUUAUUAUUUUUCUGAUUUUAGCGACACAAACAUAUAUGUUUUAUUAAUCUCUAUGUUUUUAUUUGUAUUUAUUGUAAAUAAUUUUUUGUGUUUUAUAUUGUACAAAAAUUUAUCAAAUAAAUUAAAUGCUUAUCAUCAAAAAUGUGCAUGCCACACCAAAUAG